AAGACAGUGCUGUUUCAUAGAAGUCUCCUAGAACUGAGUGAGAGAGAGAAAGAAAGAAAGCGCGCACUCUGGCUCCGGUGCAGAGAGCGUGCGCCCUGCCCCUGCGCCGCUGCCGGGUGGAUAGGGUCUCCAUGACAACUGGCCCGGCCGGCCCGCAGCGCUCCGCUCACUUGGCUGGAAGGAGCCCCGCGAAAGGUCAGAGGAAGGAGCUGUGGGAAGCUCGCGGCAGGUAUCGGGCUUAAGCCAGUAGAUGUGGGGGCCCUGGGCUCUCUGACGGGCUGUGGAGUGAGCCAGACUCUGCCGAGAAUGGAGUGGGCAGGAAAGCACCGGGACUUUCAGGGCUCUGGGUUUGCAGAGAGCCGAAAUGACCAUGACUGCCAACAAGAAUUCCAGCAUCACUCAUGGAGCCGGAGGCACUAAGGCCCCUCGGGAGACUCUGAGCAGGUCUCAGUCAGUCUCUCCACCUCCAGUUCUGUCCCCCCCGAGGAGUCCCAUCUACCCCCUCAGUGAUAGUGAAGCCUCAGCCUGCAGGUACCCCAGCCACUCCAGCUCCCGAGUGCUCCUCAAGGACUGGCGUUCCCGUGAUCUUUCACCCCCAAAUCCUCACGAUCCCUCCCCAGAUACAUCACCACCCAUCUGUCCCCUCAAGGCCACCAGCUUUGGUUAUUUGGACAGAAGCCCUUCAGUGUGCAAGAGAGAGGACCAGAACGAAAAUGUCCAGGGUGCAGCUCAGGAUGUAGACGGAGUAGCCGCUGGCCUCCCCCUUGCCCAGAGCACCCCGCUCCUCGGGCCAGUGGCUGGUCUGCGCAGUGUUUUGCUGACCUGCUCUGGUACCCGUGCCCACAGCCUGGGCAUCCGAGAGAAGAUUUCAGCAUGGGAAGGUCGCCGAGAGACUUCACCCAAGAUGAGCCUGUGUGGAGAGAAGCGGGAGGGCUCUGGGGUGGAGCGUGCCAUCAGUGAGGGCUGCCCCAGCGUGGGCUGCCCCAGCGUGGUGCCAUCCCCCUGCAGCUCAGACAAGACCUUUGAUUUCAAGGGCCUCCGGAGGAUGAGCAGGACCUUCUCUGAGUGUUCCUACCCUGAGACCGAGGAGGAGGGAGAGGCACUUCCUGUCCGGGACUCUUUCUACCGGCUAGAGAGGCGGUCAGGCCGGGGUGAGCCCAGUGCCUUCCUCAGGGGGCAUAGCAGCAGGAAAGAGAGCUCAGCAGUGCUGAGCCGGAUCCAGAAAAUUGAACAGGCCCUGAAGGAGCAACCAGGGGGUGGCCUCCCCCAGCUACCCAGUAGCUGCUACAGUGUAGACCAUGGGAGAAGGAAGACUGGCGUCUUGGGCACCGUGGAGGAGCCAGCAGGCAGUAUGGGUGUGAGCGCUGGCAGCCGGGCCGUAGGAGUUGCUGGCCGUGGAGGGGAGGCAGGCCUGUCCCUGGAGAGGGAAGGCAGUGGCCCCAUGAAGCCAGGGUCCCCCGGAAACAGUGCUAGCUCCCAGCUGCUGCUGUCCAAGGGCUCCCCUGAUCCCGCUGUGAAUCCUGUUCCCAAACCCAAGCGUACCUUUGAAUAUGAGGCUGACAAGAACCCCAAGAGUAAGCCAAGCAAUGGUCUACCUCCUUCGCCCACACCUGCUGCUCCACCCCCCUUGCCCUCAACCCCGGCCCCACCAGUCACCCGGAGACUCAAGAAGGACAUACGUGGUCACCGCAAGUCCCAGAGCAGAAAAUCCUUUGAGUUUGAGGAUGCGUCCAGUCUCCAGUCCCUGUACCCCUCUUCUCCCACUGAGAAUGGUACUGAGAGCCAACCCAAGUUUGGAUCCAAAAGCACUUUAGAAGAGAAUGCCUACGAAGACAUUGUGGGAGAGCUGCCCAAGGAGAAUCCAUAUGAGGAUGUGGACUUAAAGAGCCGAAGAGCCGGACGUAAACCUCCUCAGCUGUCUGAGAACUCCUUGGAUUCUCUGCACAGGAUGUGGAGUCCUCAGGACCGGAAGUACAACAACCCCCCUAUGCAGCUUUCCCUGAAACCCAGCAGCCAGACCCUACGCGGUGGGAACUGGUCUGAAAGGAAGAGCCACCGGCUGCCACGUCUGCCCAAGAGGCACAGCCAUGAUGACAUGCUGCUGCUGGCCCAGCUGAGUCUGCCGUCUUCACCCUCCAGCCUCAACGAGGACAGCCUCAGCACUGCAAGUGAGCUGCUGUCCAGCCGCCGGGCCCGCCGCGUUCCCAAGCUUGUCCAAAGAAUUAACUCCAUCUACAAUGCCAAGAGGGGAAAGAAGAGAUUAAAAAAGCUGUCUAUGUCCAGCCUUGAGACAGCAUCCCUGAGAGAUGAGAACAGUGAGAGUGAGAGCGACUCUGAUGACAGGUUCAAAGCUCACACACAGCGCCUGGUCCACAUCCAAUCCAUGCUGAAGCGCGCGCCCAGCUACCGGACCCUGGAGCUGGAGUUGCUUGAGUGGCAGGAACGGGAACUCUUUGAAUACUUUGUGGUGGUGUCCCUCAAGAAGAAGCCGUCCCGCAACACCUACCUCCCCGAAGUCUCCUACCAGUUCCCCAAGCUGGACCGACCCACCAAGCAGAUGCGUGAGGCAGAGGAGCGGCUCAAAGCCAUUCCCCAGUUUUGCUUUCCAGAUGCCAAAGACUGGCUCCCUGUGUCAGAGUACAGCAGUGAGACCUUCUCUUUCAUGCUGACGGGGGAAGAUGGCAGCAGACGCUUUGGCUACUGCCGGCGCCUACUGCCAAGUGGGAAAGGGCCUCGGUUGCCAGAGGUGUACUGUGUCAUCAGCCGCCUGGGCUGCUUCGGCUUGUUUUCCAAGGUCCUAGACGAGGUGGAGCGCCGGCGUGGGAUCUCUGCCGCACUGGUCUAUCCCUUCAUGAGGAGUCUCAUGGAGUCCCCCUUCCCUGCCCCCGGGAAGACCAUCAAGGUGAAGACGUUCUUGCCAGGUGCUGGCAACGAGGUAUUAGAGCUGCGGCGGCCCAUGGACUCCCGGCUGGAGCAUGUGGACUUUGAGUGCCUCUUUACCUGCCUCAGUGUACGCCAGCUCAUCCGGAUCUUUGCCUCCCUGCUGCUGGAGCGUCGGGUCAUUUUUGUAGCAGAUAAGCUGAGCACUCUGUCCAGCUGUUCCCACGCGGUGGUGGCCUUGCUCUACCCCUUCUCCUGGCAGCACACCUUCAUUCCUGUCCUCCCGGCCUCCAUGAUUGACAUCGUGUGCUGUCCCACCCCUUUUCUGGUCGGCCUGCUCUCCAGCUCCCUCCCCAAACUGAAGGAGCUUCCUGUGGAGGAGGCGCUGAUGGUAAACCUGGGAUCUGACCGAUUCAUCCGACAGAUGGACGAUGAGGACACCUUGUUACCUAGGAAGUUACAAGCAGCUCUGGAGCAUGCUCUAGAGAGGAAGAAUGAACUGAUCUCCCAGGAUUCUGACAGUGACUCCGAUGAUGAAUGUAAUACUCUCAACGGGCUAGUGUCCGAGGUGUUUAUUCGGUUCUUUGUGGAGACUGUUGGGCACUACUCCCUCUUCCUGACCCAGGGUGAAAAGGGGGAGAGGGCCUUCCAACGAGAGGCCUUUCGGAAGUCUGUCGCCUCCAAAAGCAUCCGCCGUUUUCUUGAAGUCUUUAUGGAGUCUCAGAUGUUCACUGGCUUCAUCCAAGACAGGGAGCUAAGAAAGUGUCGGGCAAAGGGCCUCUUUGAGCAGCGAGUGGAACAGUAUUUAGAGGAGCUCCCUGACACUGAGCAGAGUGGAAUGAAUAAGUUUCUCCGAGGCUUAGGAAACAAGAUGAAGUUCCUCCAUAAGAAGAAUUAAACCCCUUUUCCAGUAGUGCGGAGUCCAGUGCCUUGCAGAGCCUGGAGCCUGGGGAGAGGGUCCA